AUGCGCCGCGAGCGCUUUGAAAUUGAUCAGUACGUGCGCGUUCGUGUGACCGACACGCGCUACUCCAUCGGCGUUGUUACAGAUAUCGACGAGGAUCAAGAUCGGGCAACGGUAGAGACGCGAAAUGGGUAUGAGGUGACGGUGCCGACAUCAGCACUCCGGCGGGCCUUCCUGCUGGUGCUGGACCUGAAUGGGGUUCUCGUCGCCCGCGGUAGAGGCAGCUUCAUCCUGCGCCCGAAUGUGUCUGACUUCCUCAAGUUCGUCUUCUCCAAUUUCGUCGUGGCGGUGUGGACAAGCGGCCUUCAGCGGUCGUCGAACCCCAUCAUUGACCACGUCUUUGGCAACUACCGCGACCUGCUGCUGUUCAUGCUCUUUCGCGAUGCGUGUGUGCCUAAGCCGUCGGCGGAGAAUCCGUACGGGACGGAGAAGAACUUGCAGGUUAUUUUCGACCGAUAUCCGCAUAGUUUUCAUAGCGUGAAUACGAUCAUCAUCGAUGAUUCACCAGACAAGUGCUCCCACCCCGACAUUGCACUGUGUCCCAUCCCGUUCAAGGAUCCGGUCGCACAGAUGCAGGACGAGGGGUUGCUGCAAACGAUGGAGGUGUUGAAGGAGGUGCUGCUGCUGGACUCCGGCGUACCGCUGAUUCUCGCUGCUGAGCGAAGACUUGAGCAGCUGGCCAAGCAGCAGCAGCAGCAGGAUCACCCUAGUGGAGAGGAGAAGACGCAGGAACAGGCGCCGUCAAAAGUCUCGACGCCAACUGCGGCAGCGUCGGCGUCGGCGACUGCGUCAGCAGGGCCUGUGGUGAGGGCGUCGGUCUUUGGCAGCCACGAAGCCCCUUCGGAUAUGGAAGAGGUGGAACUAUGGAAGACGCGCCUGUGCUGCGACCAACUUCAAGGGAAGUGUCUGCGUGGUGACCAGUGCCCCUUCAGCCAUGAUGCUGAUGAUGGCCGGCCCUGCUCUCGCAAGAGCGGCUGCCGGCAGCACGGCAGUCGGUGGCCAAAGACGCGUGAAGAGGUGCAGCUGGAGGAGCAGCGCAGAGAGGCACGCAAUGCGAUGCGUCAGCGCUACGAGAAGACGCAACAACAGCGCGAAGCCCACAUCCGUCAGCCGCAAAAGCCACCUCGGCAGAGCAACCGUGCGAACAACCGUCGCCGUGGCGGCGCUGACGACGGCGCGGAGUGGGCAACGGAGACGAUCGGGUGUAGUCACACCGGCGACCCGAUGUACGACAACAUGAUCGACCAGCAACGGCGACAAAGCGCACCGGCUGCCAAAGCGACGGCAGCGACGUUGCCGAUGGGCGCGUCCGGUGCAGCCUUGCGGAAUGCGCGCGGCGGCUCAUCCGCGACGAAUGCCGCUGCUCCGCCGCAAGCCCAACCCCACAGCAGCCAAGCGAGUAGCUCCAUGUUGCUCUUUUUCCAAACAGCGGCGUCAAGCAGUGCGGCAGCGCCGCCGUUAGUGCCUUUCAGUACGCGGCCCAUUGCACCAGUAGUAUCUGUCACGGACAUGAACACGCUGCCUCGACAGCAGCAGCAACAACCAACAUCCACUGACUCGGCACGCGAUAAUGCGUCCUCGCGAAGAGCCAACAACAGCAAUGACCAUCAACACCAACGCGGGGGAGGCGCUCGACAGCAACAGCAGCGACGGCAGGCAGCACGACCAUCGCAGCAACCCAUCCACAUAACCGGGGAACAGGGCGACUCUACGGCCGUGGUGAAUCAACUGCAGGCGCUCAUGGGGCAGCGCUAA